GGCAUCGCCAGCACCGAGUCCUAUGGCACCUACAAGGGGCAGAACGGCCUGUGCCACUACAACCAGUCUGAGAUGCUGGGUAAGAUCACGGGCUACGUGAACGUCACCUCGGGCAACAUCACAGCGGUCAAAGCUGCCAUCUACAAGCACGGCCCCGUGGCCGUCAGCAUCGACGCCUCCCACAAGACCUUCUCCUUCUACUCCAAUGGCAUCUACUACGAGCCCAAGUGUGGGAAUGAGUCGGGCACGCUGGACCACGCCGUGCUGGCCGUGGGCUACGGGGUGCUGCAGGGAGAGACCUACUGGCUCAUCAAGAACUCCUGGUCCACCUACUGGGGCAACGACGGCUACAUCCUCAUGGCCAUGAAGGACAACAACUGUGGCGUGGCCACCGAAGCCACCUACCCCAUCCUGGCCUGA